GCGGACCGACCCCGCCCCGCCCCGCCCCGGUGCUGGUCGGCGCGGCACCGUUCGGAUCCGACAAAGGCCGGCGCGCGGCGGCCGGCGCCGGGUGGUGUUUGCGGGGCGGGGGCGGCCCUGCCGGGCGCGUGUCGAGGGGCUCGGUUGGCUUUGACUGCGGAUCCGAGGCCUGUGGGGAAUUUGACAGAGUGGAGCCACGGGAACUUCCUUCUGAAGAAAAAUGUAAGAGCUGGUAAAGGGAGAGCUGCAGCAUUCAGCAGGAGCUGCCAAGAAUCCCAAUAUGAGAUCCACUUUAUCCUCACCCUAUUAGCAAGUAAAGCAAUGGAAGCUCAGAAGGCAGGAAAGGAAGAAACCAAGAAGCAAUAAUACAUGUCCUGGUUCACUAGAAAUAACCCUGCUCACGUGGUAUAAGAAAGAAGGUCCUGGAGCCAGGAAUUUAAUCCCAAUGGAGAAGACCUAGUCAGGACCUCACUCCGGAACGUUGAGGCCAAGCAGGAAGAGACAUAAGAUAGAACAGAUUUCAGAUUUGCUGAUCAUCUCCCAGGGAAAACAGAAAAUGAAUACAUUACAGGAGUCAUUAUCAUUUGAAGAUUUGUCUGUGGACUUCACCCAGAAGGAAUGGCAGCUACUGGACCCCUAUCAGAAAGACUUAUACAAGGAUGUCAUGUUGGAGAACUAUAGCAGCCUCGUAUCACUGGGGUAUGAAGUUAUGAAACCAGAUGUGAUCUUCAAGUUGGAGCAUGGAGAAGAGCCAUGGAUAAGAGAUGGAGAAUUCCCAAGUUCAGACUUUCCAGAAGAAAUCUGGCAAGUAGAUGGUCACAUGGUGUGGCACCAGGAUAACCAAGGCACGCUUAAAAAUAUGAAAAGAGUUCACGAAUGUGAUGCAGUUGGGAAAAAAAUCAAUCUGAGUAUGAACUUUGUUCCUUUAAGGAAAGCAAGCAAGGAAGGUGGCUUAGAUGGAAUAAUUUUAAAGCAUCAUUUAGAUUUGGUUAUUCCAAAAGCAGAUUAUGAAAAACCAAAACCAGAUGACUUUAAUGUAUUUGAUAAAUUAUUUCUCCAUACCAAGCCUGAAGAAACUGAUACAUGGUUAAAAUACUAUGAAUGUGAUAAAUAUGACAAAGUUAUCUACAAGAAGUCACAGAUUGUUAUAUAUCACAGAACCCGUUUAGGGGAGAAACUGUAUGAAUGCAGUGAAUGUAGGAAACGCUUCAACAAGAAAUCAAGUCUCAUGAAACAUCAAAGCAGGCAUAUAAGAGAAAUAGCCUUUGGCUGUGGUAACUGUGGCAAAACAUUUCCCCAGAAGUCACAGUUUAUUACACAUCAUAGAACUCAUACAGGAGAGAAACCCUAUGACUGUAGCCAAUGUGGUAAAGCCUUCUCCCAAAAGUCACAGCUUACAUCCCAUAAGAGGACACAUACAGGAGAGAAACCCUAUGAAUGUGGUGAAUGUGGGAAAGCCUUUUCCCGGAAAUCACAUCUUAUAUCACAUUGGAGGACACACACAGGAGAAAAACCUUAUGAGUGCAGUGAUUGUGGAAGAGCCUUCAGUGAAAAGUCAAAUCUUAUUAAUCAUCAGAGAAUUCAUACAGGAGAGAAACCUUUUGAAUGUAGGGAAUGUGGGAAAGCUUUCAGCAGGAAGUCACAACUCAUUACACACCAUAGGACACACACAGGAACAAAACCGUAUGGAUGUAGUGAUUGUCGAAAAGCCUUCUUUGAGAAGUCAGAGCUCAGUAGACAUCAGACAAUUCAUACUGGAGAGAAACCGUAUGGAUGCAGUGAGUGUGGGAAAGCAUUUAGAGAGAGAUCGAGUCUCAGUAAUCAUCAGAGAACCCAUACAGGAGAGAAACCCCAUGGAUGCAUUCAGUGUGGGAAAGCCUUCUCUCAGAAAUCACAUCUUAUAUCGCAUUAUAUGACGCACACAGGAGAGAAACCUUUUGUAUGCAGUAAAUGUGGGAAAGCCUUCAGCAGGAAAUCCCAGCUCGUUAGGCAUCAGAGAACUCACACUGGAGAAAAGCCCUAUGAAUGCAGUGAAUGUGGGAAAGCUUUCAGUGAAAAAUUAAGCCUCACUAAUCAUCAGAGAAUUCAUACAGGAGAAAAACCUUACGUAUGUACUGAAUGUGGGAAGGCCUUUUGUCAGAAGUCACAUCUCAUAUCACAUCAGAGGACUCACACAGGAGAGAAACCCUAUGAAUGCAGUGAGUGUGGGAAAGCCUUUGGUGAGAAGUCAAGUCUUGCCACUCAUCAAAGAACUCAUACAGGAGAAAAACCCUAUGAAUGUAGGGACUGUGAAAAAGCCUUCUCUCAGAAAUCACAACUCAAUACUCACCAGAGAAUUCACACAGGGGAGAAACCUUAUGUAUGCAGUCUUUGUAGGAAAGCUUUCUUUGAGAAAUCAGAGCUAAUUAGACAUCAGAGAACCCAUACAGGGGAAAAACCUUAUGAAUGCAAUGAAUGUAGAAAAGCCUUCAGGGAGAAGUCAAGUCUCAUUAAUCAUCACAGAAUACAUACAGGAGAGAAACCCUUUGAAUGCAGUGAAUGUGGCAAAGCCUUCUCUCGGAAGUCACACCUCAUACCACAUCAGAGGACACAUACAGGUGAGAAACCCUAUGGAUGCAGUGAAUGUAAGAAGGCCUUUUCUCAGAAGUCACAGCUUGUUAACCAUCAGAGAAUUCAUACAGGAGAGAAACCUUUUCAGUGUAAUGAGUGUAUGAAGGCCUUUUCCCAGAAGUCACAGCUCAUUAAUCAUCAGAGAACUCAUAGAGUAAAGAAGUCCUAGGAAUGCAAGUAAUAUGAAUGUUUUGCAGAUCAUAUGUCGUAUUUCAGAAAAGGCAGUUAUGGUCAGUCUUUCAGAUAAUAGUCACUUGAGCUUACAUAUCAGAGAACUCUUUUACUGUAGGAACUCUAUAAAUGAAGUUGUUUGGGCAAAACUUUCAGCCGAUA